AUGUCGAUAGAGUAUUUAAAAGAUCAACUACUUGAAGCAAUCAAACUCCAAACACCCGAUAUAAAAGAAAGCGAUAUACAAAUUGUCCUUACCGUACUAGCAAUAUGGGAUGUUGGGGCAACACAAUUCAUGAGAGAGGCCGCAGAAAAAGCAGGCAUCCACAACGAGAGACUUAUGUUGGCCUUUGAAUCAGAAGUCGCAGCUUUGUGGUGUGCACUGCAUUAUAAAAGCGAUUUUGAGCAGUUAAUUGGGUCCAGAUACAUUGUGAUUGACCUAGGAGGAGGCACGGCAGACAUAACAGUGCACGAGCGACCGUCAGACAAUGCAAUCAAGUUGAUACACCAACCAAGUGGCGGGGCAUGGGGUGGUGUCAAAGUCGACGAACAGUUCUAUCAGUACUUAGAAAAGGUACUCGGAAAUGGCGUAAUAGAAGAGUUACGCAAGAACAAUCUAGAUGAUUACUAUAAGCUGUUGAGAACAUUUGAAAGUAAAAAACGAGUCGAUUCAAUUAUUUCCGCUCGUUUAACGCUCACGUUACCGCACGCAUUGUUAAAAAUCACUAAGGACAAAAGAAAACAAACCGAUCAAUCUGGAGAAACAAAAGGAGACAGAAUAAUGAUUGACCCAGCAACUGUAAAGGGAUGGUUUGACAUUGUUGUCGAGCCGCUUAUUAAGCAACUUAACCAUCUUAUGAAGAAAGACGUAGUUGCAGAUAUUGAAACGAUAAUGCUUGUCGGGGGAUUUGCAGAAUGCAAAUAUGUGCAAAAAAGACUUAAAGAAGAAUUGAAGAACCGAAAAUUGAUAGUUCCUCCUGAAGCAGUCUCUGUCAUUGCGGUCUAUAAAUCUGUUUCUGAGAACCCUAAAUACAUUACCGGAAUUGGAUGUACCCGCAUUGGAACAUUAUGGAUAGAGAACAAUAAAGAUAUUCCGCUCCACAUGCAGGAAAAAGAGGUCACAUUUAUGUUCGGCAAUACCGAGAUAUUUGUGUAUGUAAAGCAAACAGAGACAGGGCGGGAAGAGAGGCUUACACUAGAUUGCCUGUAG